AUGGGUAUCCCGGCUGCGUUCCGAUGGCUCUCGAGCAAAUACCCGAAGAUCAUCUCCCCAGUGGUAGAAGAAACACCGAAAGAAAUGGACGACGGUGUCAUUAUACCCGUCGAUACAACGGGGCCGAACCCGAACGGGGAUGAAUUCGACAACCUCUAUUUGGACAUGAACGGCAUCGUGCACCCUUGCUCUCAUCCAGAAGACCGCCCCCCGCCAGCAGAUGAAGAAGAGAUGAUGUUGGAAAUUUUCAAAUACACAGACCGGGUCGUCAAUAUGGUCCGGCCCCGCAAGUUGUUGAUGAUUGCCGUCGACGGCGUUGCACCUCGCGCCAAGAUGAAUCAGCAGCGCUCGCGUCGUUUUCGGUCCGCCCAGGAGGCAAAGGAAAAGGAAGAGGACAAGGAGGAGCUUUUGAAACUACUCAAACAGCAAAACGGUGGUAGCCUGUCUGAAGCGUCUCUCGAAGUCGUGUCUAAAAAGGCGUUCGACUCGAACUCUAUCACACCGGGUACCCCUUUCAUGGACAUUUUGGCUGCCAGCCUACGAUACUGGUGCGCCUACAAGCUGAACACAGAUCCGGGUUGGUCCAAGAUGAAAAUCAUCAUCUCGGAUGCAAGCGUGCCAGGUGAGGGUGAGCACAAAAUUAUGGACUUUGUUCGCGCUCAGCGGGCGUCACCCAGCCACGAUCCAAAUACUCGUCAUGUCAUAUAUGGGUUGGAUGCGGAUCUCAUCAUGCUAAGCCUCGCCACACACGAACCGUACUUUCGAGUUUUACGGGAAGACGUCUUUUUCCAGGACAGCAAGGCGCGUCUUUGUAAACUUUGUGGACAAAAGGGCCACGAAGCAAGCGCAUGCAGGGGCCAGGCGAAGGAAAAAGAUGGCGAGUUUGACGAAAAAGAUACCUCACACACUCAGAAGCCGUUCAUCUGGCUUCAUGUAUCUGUUUUGCGAGAAUAUCUCGCUGUCGAACUUGAUGUUCCCAAUCUUCCCUUCCGAUGGGAUUUGGAGCGAGCCAUUGACGACUGGAUUUUCUUGUGCUGUUUCGUGGGCAAUGAUUUCCUUCCCCAUCUUCCUGCGCUUGAAAUCCGCGAGAACGGCAUUAAUACACUCACGGCGCUUUGGAAAGAGAACUUACCGCUCAUGAACGGCUAUAUUACAAAAGACGGGCAUGUCGAUUUGAGACGCGCUCAAGUCAUCAUGAGCGGACUUGCCAAACAGGAGGACAGUAUAUUCCGGCGCAGAAAACAACAAGAAGAUCGAAGAGAAGAGAACAACAAACGACGCAAACUUCACCAAGAACAAGGGAUGAACCGCAACGACACUCGUAACACAGCCCGAAGCUUGGGGGGUGAUAGUGUCUUUGCAGAAGGCACCGCCGGCUUGAAUUUGCGCCCUAUUGCAACUUUCACACCCGAAACCUCAAAGACUAUCACUCACGACGUGGUCGUGAACGGUAGACCAGCAACCGAUGCGAACGUAGCGAACAAAAGCGCCGCCAGCGUUCUGAAGAGCCGCAUGCAAAAUCGUACCGCGCAGACUACGACCAAUACAAACGGUACUGCUGCAUCUACAAAUGAGAAAGACGCAGAUCAACGGACCGCCCUUGGUAAACGCAAGGCCGGUGACAUUGAAGAUAGCGUCAAGAGCACUCCGCAAUCCAGUGAGACGAGUACGCCGGCCACGAAGCUGUCUGUGGAAGGGUCUGUGGAUACUGUUCGGAUGUGGGAAGAAGGUUAUGCAGACCGUUACUACGAGCAGAAGUUUCAGGUCGACCCAAAAGACAUUGAGUUCCGCCACGGCGUUGCUCGCGCCUAUGUGGAAGGCCUAGCCUGGGUUCUUUUGUACUAUUUCCAGGGAUGCCCGUCUUGGGAAUGGUACUAUCCCUAUCAUUACGCACCAUUCGCUGCCGACUUUGUGGAUCUGUCCAGGCUGGAGCUUCACUUCGAGAAGGGCCGCAUCUCGAAACCAUUCGAGCAACUCAUGAGCGUUCUUCCAGCAGCCUCUCGCCAUGCCAUCCCUGAAGUUUUCCACGACCUCAUGCUGAACGAAGACAGCGAAAUCAUCGAUUUCUAUCCAGAAGAAUUCGACCUCGAUCUCAAUGGCAAAAAGUUUGCAUGGCAGGGGGUAGUACUACUACCUUUCAUUGACAUGUCACGUUUACUUGCUGCCAUAGAAAAACGGUACCCUCUUCUAAGUCCUGCAGACAAAAUCCGUAACGGUAUUGGCAAGAUUGUUAUGCUGCUGUCUGACGCAGACACGGCGUUAUACGACGAGGUGACUUCAAAUUUCUACUCGAAACGACAAGGGCCACUCAAGUACAAGCUGGAUCCUCUGGUGUCUGGCGGAAUCGCCGGAAACAUCGAGAAAAUAGAUGACUAUAUCCCACACGGCUCAUUGACCUACCCAUUGGAGCGAAAGGCCCUUCCCGACAUUGAAUAUGACAGAUCUUUAAGUGUCAACUUUGAACUGCUGUCCACGCCACACGAGCACAAGUCCAUGCUCCUACGCGGGGUUAAGCUUCCAACGCCCGUUAUCAACCGCGGCGACAAGGAGGCAUUGCUCAAUAGGUCUGGCCGUAAUCAUGGAGGCGGACCGCACAAUAGCUACCAUGGCAAUAGCAACAAUAGCCGGCCGCGGCAUGAUUCGGGCGGAAGGCACCAGCACAACAAUUAUGGCGGCCACCAGAACGGUCGUGAUCACCCACCGUAUCACCCGGGGAACGGCCAGAGCGGACGAGGCUCAUAUCAUGGAGCGUCAUAUCAAUCUUGGGCCCCCCCAGCACCCGGCCAAGCCGGGUUUGGUUCUGGUCGCCCCCCCCCACCGCCUUCAUCAACCCCUAUGAACCUUGGGAGAUACAAUGACGGUGACUACAAUAACGGUGGCUACGGUGGUCGUGGAGGCAGAUACGUGGGUGGUUACGACAAUGGAGGCUACGGCGGCGGUAGUUACGGUAACGACGGCCACAACCAAGGUUACCAAAAUCGCUACGACUUACCCCCACCACCUGGAAGCUACAAUCAGCAGUCCUAUGGGCAGCAGUCAUAUCGCCCUCCUCCUGGCCGGGGCCAACGGCCAAGGGCGAGUGACAACCGCUCCGAGGGUUACAGCAACUCUCGCGGCGGCUACCAAGCUGGCGUUCUCGGAAGUUCAGGGCCAGUCGUGGUUUAUUCGACGCAUGUUUACACCGGUCGUGCUAUUAUCUACAAGAUGAACGGCGACGCUGGCUUGGUUGGCUGUCUCGUUGAGCGGCUCACUACCCGCUUACCCCACCGAACCGGAACCCACGGCGAUGGCCUCUUUCACGAUGAGAUUGUUGCAAUCACACGUACGACCCUUGUGAAAGUCAGUGCUUCCUCCAUAGUUAUCGUCCUCGACACCCUGCUAUCGCUGCUCGAAGAUGUCGCACGGCCCUACAACAAAAUAGCCGCCUCUCACCCGCCCCAUGUGCUUUUAUCUGAGCUGUACGUACUUGCUCUGCUCGCCGACUGCUGCUCAAGCCACUGGGGCGCAUCGGUGGUUGCUACAGACGCGGAGUCAGAUGAGGGCGUGGGCGUCUCAACGAAGUGGCGCCGGGCCAAAUCACCCCCACCCAUUACUCUUGAUACCGCCCUGGUCCGGCGUAUCUUCGAAGUGAUCAAGAUGUUCAUGAACCCCAUGCCAGAUGGUCAACUACUAUCGGCAAAGACCAUUCUUGACGACUACACAGCUGAGAACUUGUCAGUGUCCGGUACCUCAAGCGAGGCCCCAAAAACGCCAGUGUCUUCACGGUCCGAUGAUGUGGUCGGAACUACACAGAUGAUGGACUCUCGUGUCUCGGAAAUUGAACGCCAUGUCAAGACGAUUGUGGAAUAUGUGACGGCGUCCGCCUGGAAACCAUCUCUGGAAUAUCUGAAGAGCGUUUUCCACAAAGUCAGAACUGUUCUAUCGGCUCAGGCCCAACCUCCUCAAAGUCUUUUCAAUUCCGAUGACGAGAGAUCUUCCCUGGUCAUUCUACGACUCCUUUCCGACUUUUGGGUUGACCGCCAGAGAUUAGGCCACGUCCUACAGGAAGUUUGUUCGAGCUUUCUCCAUUUCCGCAAACAAUACCAGAACUGUAUCGCCAUCUCGACACCCUUAUUGAUCGUUCGAUGGAUUGAAAGAUUUCCCGAUGAGUUUGUCGAGUUGCAUGUCAUGCACCUCCGAGUUGAUGGUACUCCGGAAACCCUAUUCGACAUGGCUCAAACAGUGGGAGACAACGCCCGCCGGAAAGCGCUUUUGUACCCUCUACAAACGAGCCUUCUCUUUUUGCUUCCAGACGUAUUCGAGGUAGCAAGCAACAUGCGAGAGGCAAAGGGCGGCGGUGUGGCCAAAAAGGUGGCAUACUUGGAAGGUUUGCGCAAAAUGCUACGAAACAAAAACGAACAGGCGGCCUACUGUCUAGUAUCUCUCCUCCGUGUAGCACGCCACUUUGAUGCAGAGAGCGAUUCGGCUCUCAUGAGUUACGCCAUGGAUUUCCAGGAUGAGGUUCACGAAGCCCUUUUUCGUCGGGCACCAACUAGUUCCGAGAUCGCUCUUUUUGAUCAAGAUCUGCUUACAGCCGCUUUUGUCAGUCUGACGCACCUGAACUUUGAGAAACUUGACAACUCCGAAAAAUACGAGCGACUCUUCAGAUCGGUGUCUGCCUUUGUGCAGUCCCAAAUGAGGCUUGUGACCUCAUGCAUUGCGCAAUUCCUUGAGGAGUGCCGCAUUAUAGAUACCGCAUCCAAGAGUGCAAAGUCAUCCUCGACUCUCCUAAGAAAUGGAGAUGUCUUCCGUGAAAUUGGGUCGAAAGAGUUUCGUUUCACAGGGCUGGUUGCCUUUCAAAGACGAGUGAACGGCCUCUUGAAGAAGAUGCAGUACCCAAGUAGCGGCAUCAUCAAUGCAUGGGAGAUUGCUUUCGAUAAAUGGCUUCAUCUUUCCAAAGACGUUUCAACGACGCAGGCAGAUGCACUUCCCGAAAAAACCCUUGUUGAAUGGCGAAACUACUCUGGGUUUCUUGCAUCCCUCGGUGGCAUCUGCACGCCUGACCAAGCGUCCAUGCUCGAAGAGCCAACUAUCAGCGGCCUACGAUGGAUAAACAGAACGUCCUCCGAAAAUUCGGAUGAAGCUUUAUUGAGUCGAUUUUUGAGACUGGGCAUAAAGCUCUUGGCGACUAUGAACGUUCGAGUCCGUGAGACUAUGCGGGAGGUUUUGUCGUCCGAGAUUUCGCCAACGCUGUACCAAGCUCUGUUCAAAACCCUGGAAUCCGAGCUCGAUAUUCUUUUUACAGGUGUCCUGGAGCAAACAUCAAGGAGUCUAGAAGGCGAGGUUGCUUUUGCAGAGCAGUCUGUGUCACUUCUUCGAGCGUUGAUCGAGCGGCUAGAUUCACCGUCGGAUCUCGGCGCCGCUUCGUCUGUUCAUCUCGGGGCACUGACUCUCAACUUCGCCAAGUUCCUGGAUAUGACACCGGACUCGCCGAACAAUUUGCGUGUGAAGAUCAAAACCUGUCAACUAUGCGAGGCCGUGACGAAGAGAAAAGAACAUCUGAACUUACGCGAUGAUGUACGCAUUCGAAAUCAGCUUCUGGAAAUCAUUUUUGGCUGGAUUGCACGGCCGCAUUCCCCAUCCGGCCAUGUCCACGGCAGCAACGUGGCGAGCCGACAAGAUGAAGCUACUCGUGUCCAAAAAGAUCUUGAUAAGGCCUGUCUGAAAUGCCUAGCAGAGCUGACCUACCGUCUUCCCCUGCAGCCGGCUGAUGGCCAGUCUGAUGCGGGAACCAGCGAGCUAAAGUCCCACAUGUUUCACACUUACUUCAACCGUUUUCUUUCUCUACUCAACCUUGAGCAAACCGAGCUUGCCAGAGCGGACUACAUUGCCAGUUCUCCUCGGGAUGAGAUUUCAGCAUCUGAACUGGCAAUCACAAUUUUGUCCAACUUGCUCAGUGCCAACUUAGACGUUGGUUUGAAGCGCUCUCUCAGCAUCGGCUACCACGAAAAUGUCGAGAUACGUACAGCGUUUGUCCGGGUGUUAUGUAACAUCCUCAUGCAAGGCACUGAGUUUAGCAACCUAUCAGACACGGCUGUCGGCGACAAGUACGACGAGCUGAUUGACAUCCUUACAAACGAUACUGCGCUGGCGACGUCCAUGGCAGCCGUGUGCCCCAGCUCAGAAGUUGACGAACUGACGAUUUCACUUUUAAAUGUUUUUGAGAGUCGCGGGAUGGGAUUCGACCUCCUCGAGGCAGUGAUAAAGCUCGAGGUUGAAGAAACUGAGAGCGAGUCCGAGCUUCUUCGGCGGACUUGCGUUGCUACAAAAAUGCUGUCUGUUUACGCGAAGUGGAAAGGCUCCGCCUACCUCAAAGCAACCCUCCAGAAAGUUGUUGAGCGAUUGAUGAUGACGGCGAAAGACCUUGAUUUCGAGCUGGAUCCCACUCGGGUGAAAUCGCAGGACGAGCUGACAAAGAACGCCGUCCAGCUCCAGAUUGUGGCAAAGGUUUUCAUCGAUGAUAUCAGUGCUUCGUCGUCAAAGAUCCCCUCGGCAUUCCGCAAAAUAUGCAACAUUAUCUCAUCGGCAGUCACGACACGAUUUCCGGAAGCAAAAUACACGGCAGUUGGUGCUUUUAUUUUCCUUCGCUUUUUCUGCCCGGCAAUCGUCGCCCCAGAAGUAGAAGGCCUCGUGACGACAACUCCGUCGAAAGAGAUGCGGAGAGGAUUGCUGCUCAUUGCCAAGAUUAUUCAAAACCUUGCAAACAACGUUCUAUUUGGUGCAAAGGAACCUUACAUGUUCCCCCUCAACGAAUUUUUAUCGUACAAUAUCUACGAUGUAACGACGUUCCUUCGCAAAAUCUCAGUUGCACCUGAUGAAGUCGAGGGAUCUCCAAUAAGUGACGCCACUGACUUUGGAGCAUCUGUCUCUAUCCAUCGAUUUCUUUAUGAUCAUUGGGAUCAUGUCAAACAAAGGCUAGCAUCGCAGGAACGACGAGACCACGUGCGGUCACCUGGAGAAGGUCCGCGAGCUCGCUCUCCCGUUCUAGAGCCGCUGCGAAAUCUAAUCACAAAUCUCGGACCCCCACCGCUUGCUGUCACCUGGAACCGGCCACAGAUCACCCUUAAUAACCCACCUGCCUAUUCACAGUUUCAGAACUUCAUGCUGCGCAACGCCUUCAGAAGCAGCGAGUCAUUUGUCACAUCGCGGGCAGUGUACGAUGGCGGCGAAAGCAAGGACGGUCUUUCAAUCAUCUGCAUCAUCUUGCGUAACAUCGACGUGGAUUCGAUCGACUAUGAUGCACUAGUAUUUUGCUAUCUCAAGAUCGCCAGCCGUCUUUGGCAUAAGCCGUUUGGUCUCCUCAUCGACGCAACGUGCUACAGCGGUCAAAACGAGCCACCGGAUGAGCUAUUUCAGAAACUUGAGGCCCUUACGCCCACAGAGCUCUCUCGCCAGCUGUCCCGUGUGUAUAUUUACAACAUGAACAGCACAUUCCGAGGGAAAAUCGACGUGUCCAUCAAGGUCGGCAGUCAGUUUGUUCAAAUCACGACAACCAAGAAGCAGGAGAUCCAUCAGGGAUUUGGCUUAAAUGCCAUCUUCAAUGACAUUUUUCGAUUAGGAGACAUCGACCAGGCCCCAAUGUCCAUCCAAACAGAUGACGACUCAGCGUUCGGGCUUCGUGCUGAAAAUGGUAAGAUUGUAAUGUACUUCACCAGUCCCGGAAAGCAAGAUAUCCUCCAGGCCAUAAGGGGCGCCAAGGUGAAAUACAGCAAGGACGCGCGGACGCUCAAGUCGUUUGAAAGACAUGUUCGCCCACAAGAUGUGCCUGGCACACUGCUUAACCUCUCACUGGCGAAUCUUGGGAGUGCAGACCAUGCACUUAGGCUCUCAUCCUAUAACCUUCUUGGUGCACUAUGCCGGGCAUUUAAGUUCUCGACUGCUGCUGGCCUUCUAUGCAUUAAAGGUGAGCAGCGGCGUCGCCUCACCUUUGUCAUGUUUGGUAAUUACAUGGGCACUGACCAAAAUUUGACAUAG